AUGUUAAGAAAUGAAGGGGAAUCAAAUCCAAAGGCCUAUUUGUGGAAAAGCUUUGAUUAUCCUACAGAUACAUUCCUGCCAACCAUGAAGUUGGGAAGGGACCUCCGAAAAGGUUUGGACUGGCGCAUAACUUGUUGGAAGAGUCCAAAUGAUCCAUCCCCUAGAGACUUUUCUCUUGGUUUAGUUGUAAGGGAUUAUCCAGUCUAUUACAUGAUGAAUGGCACACAAAAAGUAUAUCGCUCUGGACCUUGGAAUGGCCUUUACUUCAGUGGAUUCCCAGAUCUGUCCUUUACAUAUGUUUUUGAAGAUAGUUUUGUCACAAACAAGGAUGAGAUAUCCUAUAGUUAUAACACCAAGGUUGAUUCUAUCAUUGGAAGAGGUGUAAUAAGCCAAACAAGUCAAUCUCUUACAAGUUAUUUAUGGGAUGACAAUCUUCAGAAUUGGAAAGUUUCUGGAUCAAUGCCAGGGUUGAAAGUGCCAGAUACUCAGCAUACUAAGCUACAUGAGAAUAUUAAUUUAGAUGAAUGCAGAAAUCCGUGUUUGACGAACUGCUCUUGUAUGGCUUACGCCAAUUUAGAUAUAAGAGGAGGAGGUAGUGGCUGCGCCAUGUGGUUCGGCGAUCUAAUUGACAUCAAACUGUUUCAAAAUGGUGGUAUUAUGCCAAUUGGAAGGAAUUAG